AACACUGAUUUACCUUAAUACUCCAAAUCAGGAUUUGGGACCUGUGGUUGAUGGAACUUGAUUUUAAAUUUCCCAAGGUCUUUUGUGAGAAAUGACGAUCCUCUACAGAGGGAAAAAAAAAAAAAGGAGAAAAAAAUUCCUUUAAGACAUUGGAAAUGAACUGGAUUCACAGUCACGACCCAGGUCUUAAGUUGGUUUUCAAGCUGGUCCUGUGACUGGAAUGUUUCUUCUUUAUUCUGGGUGUUCAGUGCAUAGCCGAUCAUUUGGAUGGAAGACAGUGCCACAAAACAUAUCAUCCAAAUGACAGGAUUUAAGAUGGAAGAAAAGGAGGCUCUAGUCAAAUUGCUUUUAAAACUUGAUUGCACUUUUAUUAAGAGUGAGAAAUAUAAAAAUUGUACACAUCUUAUAGCUGAACGACUAUGUAAGAGUGAGAAGUUUUUAGCAGCUUGUGCAGCAGGAAAAUGGGUAUUAACAAAGGAUUACAUAAUUCACAGUGCCAAAAGUGGCAGAUGGCUUGAUGAAACAACUUAUGAAUGGGGAUAUAAAAUUGAAAAAGACUCCCAUUAUUCACCUCAAAUGCAAUCUGCACCUAAAAGAUGGCGUGAAGAGCUAAAACGGACUGGUGCUCCUGGAGCCUUCCACAGAUGGAAAGUUGUCCUCCUUGUUAGGGCAGAUAAGCGGAGUGACUCUCUUGUAAGAGUUUUGGAGGCUGGAAAGGCAAAUGUCAUUUUACCAAAAAGUUCUUCAAGUGGGAUAACACAUGUGAUUGCCAGUAAUGCAAGAAUCAGUGCUGAGAAAGAACAAGAAAACUUUAAGGCUCCAUUUUAUCCAAUUCAGUAUUUAGGGGAUUUUCUCUUAGAGAAAGAAAUUCAGAAUGAUGAAGAUUACCAAAUCACUUCUGGUUGGACCAAAUACAACAAUCAAGAAAAAAGCAAAGAUUGUAAGAAAGACAUAGGAUUUCUUGAAAUGAAAGGUGCUGCAGAGAACAUGUAUAGAACUCAGAAUAAAAUGGAAAAUCGUAAUGAAAAUGUUGAACAUCAUUUUGUGAGUGAACAUCACAAAAAAAAAUUCAGAGACUUCAGAAAAGAUAUGAAGUCUGUUAAAAAGAGAAAUACAUUCAGAAGACAUGGACAUGAGAAUCAGAAAGAAACUAAGAAAAAGGAUAAAAAUAGCCAAAGGAGUUACAUUUUGAGGAAAAAGAACAAGAAAGAAGGUUAUUGCAAAACUGAUGAUGCCCAUGACACAAUUAGAAGUAUGUUGAAAAAGCACAUGCAUUACAGAGACCAGAAAGAAAUGAAGAAUUCUCUUCUUACUGAUGGUGCCAAAGAAUCAAAGACCAAGGAUGUCAAUACAAGAAUGGAGCUCACUGAAGUAAAAAAUGCCUUAAAGAAGCAGAUAUACAGAGAUAUAUAUAGAGCUCAGGCUAUCCGAUACAACUGCAUUAGAGUAGAUAAACAGCCUGUAUACAAUGUAGAGGUUAAAAAUUCAGAGUUCCCCAGAGGAAUAUUAAACUUAAUUGAAAGCCUCAUAGAGGGACAGUUCUUUAAAGAAGCCAUUGAAGAACUUUCCUCUUUGCAAGCCCAUUACAUCCCUCCUGUGUGCCUUCUCCAUGCCCUUCUAGAGAAUGUUCUGCAGGAUAAAAUAGACACAUUUUCUGGUCGAUACUUUCAUAUAUUGUCAGCUCUUCUUCAUCUGCAUCCUCCUUGGAAGUCACCAGCCAUGUUAAGAUACUACUUAGAGCUAUUUCAGUGUCCAACUUGUAUGAAAGGAGCCUGGGCUCUCAUGGAGGUGCUCAUCAGGUCAUGUCUUUUCAAUGAAGGUUUCUGCCAUCAAAUAUCAGAGAAUAUUGGUUCUAAGGUGGUCCAUCUCACAUUGCUCAAGUUUUUCUUUAAUUUACUUGAAGGUGAAGUACGGCAUUUAAGUCAAAAGUUAUGUGACUGGUCAGAUUCUCAGAGUCUAAAAGUAACAGAAAAGGCAAUUCUUCAUGAAAUUUUUUGGUCAGGAAGUGAAACUUCAGGACUUUUGACAAAACCAGUAAAUAUGCUUUUGGAAUGGACUAUAUAUUCUCACAAGGAAAAAUGCAAGUCUAAUGAUGUCUUCAAACAUGAACUGUCUUACUUACUGACUGGAAUUCUUGGUGCAGCAGUGGAUUAUUGGAUCUUCCUUGGUAUUCAAAUGGGUAGAAAUGUGAUCCGACACAUGUCUGAUGACUUAGGAAGUUAUAUUUCCCUUUCCUGUGAUGACUUUUCUUCAAAAGAACUAGAGAUCUUCAUUUGUUCCUUUUCAUCUUCCUGGCUUCAGAUGUUUGUUGCAGAAGCAAUCUUUAAAAAGCUGUGCUUACAGGGCCCCACUAGUACGUGCACUGAGCCACUCUCCCUUCAGAAAAUAAUAGAUUCCUAUUUGCCACUUUUGGGAAAAAUGGAUGUACAUGGGGCUGGAAAGGUGCAGAUGCCAAAAAAACUCUGCCAGAGGCCUUGCCUAGAAUCUCAAAGAGCAUUACUAAUGCUGAAUGGUGCAAAACAGAAACAAGCAGAAGGUCGGCCAGAGCUCCUAGAGUUAAAUCGUGCUAAAUGUUCCUCAUCAUUGAAAAAAUUGAAAAAGAAGUCAGAAGGAGAAUUGUCAUGUUCCAAGGAGAAUUGCCCCUCUUUGGUUACAAAGAUGAGUUUUCAUAAAACUAAUCUGAAAGGAGAAACAGCUCUGCAUAGAGUUUGCAUAAAAAACCAAGUGGAGAAAUUGAUUAUUCUUCUCUCUUUGCCAGGAACAGACAUCAAUGUUAAAGACAAUGCUGGCUGGACGCCUUUGCAUGAAGCCUGUAACUAUGGCAACACGGAGUGUGUCCAGGAAAUUUUGCAACGUUGUCCAGAGGUAGAUCUGCUCACUCAAGUGGACGGGGUGACUCCUUUGCAUGAUGCACUGUCAAACGGACAUGUAGAAAUUGGCAAGCUGCUUCUACAGCAUGGGGGCCCAGAACUUUUACAGCAGAGGAACUCUAAAGGGGAGUUGCCCUUGGAUUAUGUGCUGUCCCCUAAGGACAAGGAAGAGCUAUUUGCCAUUACAAAUAUAGACGAUACAGUGGACAACUUUCAUGCUAAGACACAGAAACAUUUUUAUCACCAACAACUUGAAUUUGGUUCAUUUUUACUUAGUAGGAUGUUGAUUAAUUUUUGUUCAAUAUUUGAUUUAUCCUCAGAAUUCAUCCUAGCUUUCAAAGGGUUAGGUCAUCUUAAUGAGGUGCUUAUGGCAUGCAACAGUGACACAGAACCCAGCAAUGCACAUACUGACUGGUUACUGGAUGUUUAUGCUAGGAAUAUAAAGACAUUAAAGAAGCUCCCAAGUGUUCUUAAAGAACUGCCUGAGAAUCUAAACGUAUGUCCUGGAGUGCAUACUGAGGCCUUAUUGGUGACACUGAAAAUGAUGUGUCAGUCAGUCACAGAGGUGUCAUGAUGCCAGAAAGUAUGAAUCAGAUUUCCAAACAUGCUACAUACUUUGUCACUUAGUAUAUCCACAGUUUAUGGAGAAAUACUAAUUUCGGUUAUUCACUGAGAGCAAAUUUUCAUAGCACUUAAAAAACAUCUACAGAUCUAAAAUAUGGGCUCAGGAUUUAACUCAGAAAGAUACAAUAAUAGAAUGAAGUAGUUUUGUUCGGUAUAAAAUGUUUUCACUAAUUUUUAAAAAAUUUGUUCUUCAAAUAUUUAUUUAUAUUAUAUAUGUAGAAAAAUAAUUUAAAUAUUUUUUUCAAAUCAAAAUGUCCUUUCCUCUGAGUGCUAUAGUUCUGAAAAUCAUGGCAAGGAUAUUCAUUCAAAUGUUCAUUUAUAUACUUGUAAAAGUUGCUUCUUCUUUAUAGGCCAAUAUGUAAGAUGCAUUUGCUUUUUUGUGUUUCUAAAAUAAACCUUUCUAGGACUUUCAA